UCUGCUUGUAUUCCCUUCACUUUCCCAUUCUUUAUGUUUACAGCAUGUGAUCAGAGGAAACCGUCCGAUUAAAACAGAAAUGGCUCAUCAGCUGUACGUGCUGCAGGUUCUGACCUUUAAUCUCCUGGAAGAGAGAAUGAUGACCAAGAUGGACCCCAAUGAUCAGGCGCAGCGAGACAUCAUAUUUGAACUGAGAAGAAUUGCAUUUGAUGCAGAGUCUGAUAGCAACACUGUACCUGGCAGUGGAACAGAAAAACGCAAAGCCAUGUACACCAAGGACUACAAGAUGCUGGGAUUCACUGUAUGCAUCUAGAAAGAGUGCUGGCUUUAGAGCAUGUAAAGGCAAAUUAAGGGAUCUACAUCAGAAUGGUGGGAAAACAGGAACUGAAGCAGCUGUUUGCUUCACUAUACUUCUGUAACUGAGUUUCAAACCUCCAGAGGACAUUAUUGUAAACUCGCUAUUUGGUUAAAUCCUAGUGGUCAGUUAGGCACAUUCUCUGGAGGUAUUUAU